AUGGGGCCAGAGCUCGAGACCAAGCAUGCAUCCAAAUCGGAUCAGAUCUUCCACGUGGAGUACGUAGUGCUCUAUCGCUUCAAGGAUGGAGACCAGUCUGAGGCGAUACACCAGUUUAAGCGACUGAUAAAGGCCCUAAACCAGAUCGGCCUGGAUACUGCUGUGAGGCCCGCCACUGACGGAGCGCUAUUCGUGUUCGUCAAAGCAAAGGACGACCAGCUCAACAAAGCUAUAUACAGAGGGAGGGUGCGGGAUUGGUUGUACGGUGUUCGCCAAAUCCAGCCUGGUGCAGAUGAAGAGGGCACUAAACAGGAGAUUACCGAGGCCGAUCGGUUACGCACGAUAUACCAUAUGAUAACAUGGCCUCGCACCGAUGGCGGCGCGGGAAUAACACCCAAGUUGGGGGAUUGGAAGCACGUUGAGGCUGUUUUUCCUCUACAUGAUCAGGACGCGAAUAAGGAGUGGAUAUUGACUUGGAGCCACAAGACCUUUCUCAGUGCUCAAGACCUUGACCAAAUUCGUGCAAAGCUUGGGGAGAGAGUGGCGUUUUACUUUUCGUUUCUGCAGACAUAUUUCACCUUUUUGAUCUUCCCGGCCGCUUUUGGAUUCGGCUGCUGGGCAUUGCUGGGCCAGUUCUCCGUGAUCUAUGCAGUGGUGAACUCGCUAGCGUGCCUUGUGUUUGUUGAAUUUUGGAAGCGGCGUGAGGAUGAUCUCAAAUUGCGCUGGCAGGUCAAAGGUGUUGGGGUCAUCAAGGCGAAGAGGCGGCAGUUCAAACAUGAAAAAGUAGUUGUGGAUUCGGUUACGGGAGAGAAGAUACUGGUGUUUUCAAAAAAGACACGGCUAUUGAGACAGCUCUUACAAAUUCCCUUUGCACUUGGCGCAGUGCUUGUUCUAGGGACCCUCAUUGCGUUUUGUUUUGCGAUUGAGAUAUUCGUCUCUGAGAUCUAUCCAGGGCCGUUCAAAACCUAUUUGGCUUUUGUUCCUACAAUUAUCCUCUCCUUGAUGGUACCGACAAUCAGUGGCAUGCUCACCAAAAUUGCUACUCAGCUUACAGAUUAUGAGAAUUACGAAACACAGGAUAGUUAUGAUGUUGCGCUGACCCAGAAGAUUUUUGUUCUCAACUUCAUCACCUCGUACUUGCCGAUUUUUCUGACGGCUUUCGUCUACGUCCCGUUCGCUCAGACAAUCGUCCCGUACCUUGAUAUAUUUCACCUUACCCUCAAAACCACCCAACCAACAUUCCGCAUCAACAGAUCUCGGCUUCGCCGGCAGGUGAUCUAUUUUACAGUCACCGCUCAGAUUGUGAAUUUUGGGCUAGAGACUAUCAUGCCCUAUGUCAAGCGGAGAGUGCUCAAUAAAUAUAAUGAAAUGCAAGAGGAGAAGAAAGGGAACAAUUCGACGCAAGCCUCUCAAACGAAUACUCUGAAUCAAGAAGACUCUCCAGCUGAGGCGGGCUUUCUCCGUCGUGUUCGCCAGGAAUCAGAGCUCAGCGAAUACGAUGUUACCACGGACCUUCGCGAGAUGUGCAUGCAGUUUGGGUAUCUCACGCUCUUCUCGCCCGUGUGGCCUUUGGUUCCUUUGUCGUUCUUGAUAAACAACUGGAUCGAGUUGCGAUCGGACUUUGUUAAAAUUUGCAUCGAAUGUAGGCGCCCAGCUCCUUUGCGGUCCGAUACCAUUGGACCCUGGCUCGACUCCCUGGGGUUCCUGGCUUGGUUGGGAAGUAUUACCAGCGCAGCACUGGUGUACAUGUUCUCCGAUGCCGAGAACGGACCUGAUGGCACGACAUCGCAGAUCAAAGGAUGGGCCUUAUUACUCACGAUCUUUUUCUCGGAACAUUUGUACCUACUUGCCCGUCUAGGCGUGCAAACCGUCUUUUCGAAGAUCGAGACGCCCGAAACACGACAAGAGAGGGGCCAGCGGUACAUGAUCCGAAAGGCAUACUUGGAUACAAUCAUGUCUGAACAAGACACCUCGUCGGAACUUACGAAGCAGGACCAGGAAGCGCCCAUCGAAGAGCAUGAACCACAAGAGAUUACCCGCGAGUCCCUGGAGGAAGACGCCAGACGAUUUAGUCAGCAGUCUGCAAGCCCGGCGGACAUGUUCUGGGCACGUCAGCAAGGAUGGAAGGAGUCAGCCCAAGUAGGAGUGGGCCUGAUUCAACAGGGUUAUACUGCCUCGCUCAAGGAGAAGAAGAAGCUCUGA